AUGUCUUACUACAGUGAGUCCUGCCGACCCUGUGAGGUGACCUGCCCUCAGCCCAUUGCCGAGAGUUACAAUGAGCCCUGUGUGCAGCAGUGUCCUGACUCCAGAGCAGUGAUCUUCCCCCCGCCAGCUGUGGUGACACUGCCGGGCCCCAUACUCAGCUCUUUUCCUCAGGAGAGCGUUGUGGGAUCAUCAGGUCCAGCCCUGUUGGGGAGGUCCUUUAGUUCUCAAAGCUCCGGACGCUAUGGGGGCUCUCUGGGUCUGGGGAGCUAUGGAGGCUCCUUGGGCUAUGGGGGCUCCUUUGGUUUGGGGGGCUAUGGAGGUUCCCUGGGCUUGAGGGGUUAUGGAGGUUCCCGGGGCUAUGGGAGCUCCUUUGGUUUGGGGGGCUAUGGUAGUUCCCUAGGCUAUGGGGGCUUCCGGGGCUGUGGGGGCUCUUCUGGUAUGGGGGGCUAUGGGGGCUCCUUUGGCUUGGGAGGCUAUGGAGGCUCACUUGGGUAUGGCCAUUCCCUAGGUUAUGGAGCUGACUUGGGCUAUGGGGGCUCCCUGGGCUAUGGGGGUCAAUACGGGUCCAGUGGCUUUGGCAGCUGUGGGAGGUCCUACAGCUCUGGCUUCUCCUCCUGUGGCACUGGCAUUACCUCCCAGAGGUGGGGCAGGUCCCGCCGUGGGAGCUGCGGGGCUUUCUGA